UAGCGCUCCUUUUCACCUCUAAAAGCUAACCCCUAAACUUAUCUCUCUUGCAGGGAAGAUCUGGAGAACGCCGUGCUCUUUCUCCAACAAAAGAAUUUUUGGAGCUGUAGAAUCUAAGCAUGAGAUUAAUACAGUUUGGAAGACUUGAAGGGCUCAUGGAGUCCCUCAUUUCUAUUUCUCGAUGCCAAUAAAUGCCCUUGCUUUGCAGUUCUUGUGGUUUUGCAUGGAACUGGUGUCUUGAUGUCAAGCAUAAUGUUUCAUGGCAUGGGAAUGUUUAAGCAUUUGCUUGGGUUUAAAGGAUUGUCCUUUAAAAAUAUUUCUACCGCUGUUGCAGGAUUGAACCUGAAAACCUGUCGUUGCACCUCACUUUAUACAACUACAUGCCGUUCUUGUAUCCAUUCAUCUGCAGAUUGUUUGCUAGAUGUUCAUUCUCCAGAACAAGAAAUAGCGAUUGCUUUAGGCAGCAAUGUAGGUGACAGAAUACAAAAUUUCAAUGAAGCCCUAUGUUUGAUGAAGAAAUCAGGCAUAAACAUCACUAGGCACAGCUGCUUAUAUGAGACAGAGCCUGCUUAUGUCACAGAUCAACCCCUUUUUCUAAAUUCUGCGAUUAGAGGUACUACCAAACUAGGACCCCAUGAAUUACUGAAAGUACUUAAGCAAAUCGAGAAGGAUCUGGGCCGUACUGAGGGAAUAAGAUAUGGUCCAAGACCAAUUGACCUAGACAUUCUUUUUUACGGGAAGCUCAAGAUCGAGUCUGAGGCUCUUACCGUGCCUCAUGAGCGCAUUUGGGAGAGGCCAUUUGUAGUGGCUCCUCUUGUGGAUUUGUUGGGAUCAUCAAUUGAUAGUGAUACUGUAACAAGUUGGCAUUCUUUUUCAAGAAAAAGUGGCGGCCUAUUUGAAUUAUGGGAGAACCUUGGUGGUGAAUCCUCAAUUGGAAGGGAUGGAUUAAGAAGAGUUUUACCAAUAGGAAGCGUCCUAUGGGACUGGUCAAAGAGAACCCAUGUCAUGGGUGUACUCAAUCUGACACCUGACAGUUUUAGUGAUGGAGGGAAGUUUCAAGCAGUGGAAGCUGCAGUCUCUCAGGUCAAGUUGUUGAUCUCGGAAGGGGCUGAUAUUAUUGAUAUUGGUGCCCAAUCCAGUCGCCCAUUUGCAAGUAGGCUGUCUGCUGAUGAAGAACUUCAGAGGCUGAUUCCUGUAUUGGAAGCAAUCGUACAAAUUCCUGAGGUAAAAGGGAAGUUAUUAUCAGUGGAUACCUUCAAUGCAGAUGUUGCGUCCGAGGCGGUGAAGAGAGGGGUUCAUAUUGUUAAUGAUGUCUCUGGAGGACAGCUUGACCCUAAAAUCCUUACUGUAGUAGGAGAACUUGGUGUGCCUUAUGUUGUGAUGCACAUGAGAGGAGAUCCAACUACAAUGCAAAGUAAUGAAAAUUUACAGUAUGAAGAUGUUUGCAAGCAAGUAGCUUCUGAGCUUUAUGCAAGGAUGAAUGAAGCAGAAUUGUCAGGGAUCCCAUUGUGGAGAAUAAUCAUUGACCCCGGUGUUGGGUUUUCAAAGAAAACCGACCAGAACUUGGAACUUCUUAUGGGCCUGCCGUCCAUCCGAAGAGAGAUAGGAAAAAAGAGCUUGGCUGCUUCAUAUGCACCAAUCUUGGUUGGACCCUCCAGAAAAAGAUUUCUCGGAGAGAUAUGUGAUCGUACAAAUCCUGUUGAGAGAGAUCCUGCCACCAUUGCUGCUGUCACAGCAGGGAUUUUGGGUGGUGCUAAUAUCAUUAGAGUGCACAAUGUUCGCUAUAGUUUGGAUGCUGCGAAGGUCUGUGAUGCGCUGCUUAAACAAAGAAAAACCAGUGGGAUGCAUGUUUAGAAAGAGAAAUAUUCAACCUAAAUACCAUAUCGGAUUGAGGAUUCUAAUGUAAGAGUAGCAAUGAGCAUACAGCGUAUUGAGGUUGCAAAUAAUAGUUACCUUAACGGGACAAUAUGAGUUCGAAGUUCUAAGAACUCACCCAGGAGACCCUCUGAUAAAUUUGGUGUAUGAUAGUUUGAUCAGGGUUAUGCACUAAUGAUGAAAAUGGAUAGUUUCUCCUGUUGCUUGUCCUGUUGGGGGAGUCGGCACCCUGCACCUCGGAUGGCCGACCGGAGUAAGUGAUUGUCUAGUGCUCACAGUGGCGGCCUGCUUUGGUGGUUUUUGCUUAACAUGGAGAUAAUUAUUGUUGUUUGGAAGUAUCAUUUCUGGUCUUUUGAUUCUAUAUUUCCUUUUUACUUAAUUAUUCCAUUUUUACAAAGACAAGAAUUGUUUUGCCUCAUAACAUUAUUCUGGGACCUGCUUCCAAUUCUUUAACUGGACUUUAUUGCAUCAAUUGUUCUAAUGGUCCUCA